ACAUCUUAGUGAGAUGUUUUGAAUGUUUUUGAAUUUUAUUUUAUUACUAAGAAUUUUAAUAAUAUUAUUAUUUAAAAGUUUUUUUUUUUUUAAAAAACAUGUGUCAAUUUGGUUUUUAUAUUGUUAGUGGAAUUUUCAUUUUAUUGCAACCGGUGGAAGCUGUUAUAGUGCCGUUGUUGGUCUUUCCACGUACGGCUCCCACUAGAAUACAGUGGAUUUCCGGCAUAGGUAUACCCUUGGACAACCUAAAAUAUGAAGCCAUGACAACGGGUUUUGUCCUCAAGGCUGAAUAUUUUCUACCCGAAAAUGUUACUCAAUUAAAGAUCAGAACUGUUAUGCCAUUUCAAAAACGAAGUAUCAAAAAUCCUAUAAAACUGGACAAAUUUCUAUCCACACCGACAGAAGCGCCCCUACAAAAAAGAAAAGAUUUUGUAAAAAACAAUAAAAAAGUUUUACUCAGUAGUUAUCGGUGGACUAUAUAUAAAGGGUUCGAGGGAUUGGUAGAACGCAUGGGUCUAUCCGGACGCGAUUGCAUUCUAAAAAGUAUUUGUGAGGCUGCAGAAACAUCCUUCCAUUACUAUAAUGGUUUGGUAGCAGAAUUAUUGCAUAUUUUACUAACGCCUUCCUCAUCUGCCGAUCAACUAUCAACUCAUUCGGAUAAUGAGUAUUAUCAUGCAGAACAUUUGGGUCGUUCGGGAGCAAAUUGUCAGAGAGUUUUUAAGUCUUGCCCUCGUUCUCUUUUAGAACAUUUUACAGAUAUACAUCAUUUUUCGGAAGGUGUUAAGAGUAUAUUGGGUUAGAUUUUUAAUUAUGUAACUAAGUUGUUGUUGUUGUUAAAUUCUUUAAUUAGUAAAUAAAUUUUGACUGAUUAGUAAUAAAU